UUGCCUUAUCCCCUGCCAAGAACCCUAAUGGCUAUGGCGACGACGCUCUCCCCGGCAUGGAAUCCCAGGUGCGUCGUCUACGAGGGAUUGAGCGUGAGAUCCUCGUUCUUCCAGAGCCCAGCAGCCAUUCCAGCGCCAGCGCCACAGAAUGUGGAGCGAUCCCGGCGGAACGCGACGAUUAGGGCGGCUUCCUCGUCGGGAGGAGCGACGCUGCCCCUCUUCUCCUUCGAUGGCGAGUGCACGGGCUCGGUGUUCCUGGAUCUCAAGGUCGCCAGCGCUCACACGGCCCGGGGAUUGGUCCACAGGGGCGUGAUCACGGAGCUCCAGAAUCGCCGGCGCGGCACAGCGUCGACCAAGACGAGGGCGGAGGUUCGCGGAGGAGGGAGGAAGCCCUACAAGCAGAAGGGGACGGGAAGAGCGCGCCGGGGAUCGCAGCGAACGCCACUGCGGCCUGGCGGAGGGAUCGUGUUUGGGCCCAAGCCCAAGGACUGGGGGAUCAAGAUCAACAAGAAGGAGAAGAGGCUCGCGAUCAGCACGGCUCUCCAGAGCGCGGCGGUGGAUUCCAUCGCGGUGGAGGACUUCGAAGAGAAAUUUACGGAGCCCAAGACGAAGUUCUUCCUGGCGGCGAUGGAGAGAUGGGGCGUGGACGUGAGCAAGCACUCGCUCAUCUUCGCGACUAAUGUGAACGAUUUCCUGGAGAAAUCGAGCAGGAACAUCAAGACGGUGAAGAUGCUGACGCCGCGGAGCCUGAAUCUCUACGAUGUUCUUCGCGCGGACAAGAUCCUCUUCACGAGCUCGGGGAUCGACUACUUGAAUCAAAGCUAUGGUGUGAAAUCGCAGCUGGAGGAAGAAGAAGAAGAAAGCGAUGAAAGCGAGGAGGAGGAGGAGGAGGACGAGGAUGGUGAAGAAGAAAUCGAGGAAGAUCAAGGCGACGACGAAGAAGAUCAAAGUUCUUGAAACAGGGGAUUUCACAAGAGCCCUAAAACAGAGGAUAUUUUGAGAAGAACCCUAAAAA